GAUAUGAUGAAUACGAAGUGCUUGGGCCCCAAAGACUGCCUCUACCCAGACGACAACAACUGCGCAGGAUUUCUCCACUGUCAACCUUUGGAUGGCUACCAGACGGGAAUUGCGUAUCGUAUGGAUUGUCCGGUCGGACUGAGGUGGAACGAUAACGCCAAGUGGUGUGAUUACCCGGCUAAUGCGACUUGUACGCCUCAUGAGGUUUAUUAAAUGGUGGGAAGGCGGGCCGGUGGAAGAAAAGGGGGGAAGAUGAGUGUGGGAAGGCGGGUUAGGUUUAUCCCCUUUUCCCUUUCUUCGCUUUUCAACAACAAUCAGCAUCAUCAUCAUCUCACGGCAUCGAAUAAUUCCUCUCUCCCCCUCAAAAGGGUAGCACGGCUUUUCAACGACAUCAUACUCGAGCUCGCGUGGCGUUGGAAAAGAUCCAAAACUUCCAACUUUCACCCAUGGUGAGGAGGGAGUGAGGGCGGGAGAAAGGGAGUGAAUCGUCUUUCCCUUCCUGAAAAAAACAGGAGAGGCGAAGGAAUGAAAGGAUUACGAUAACAUCAUUUAUAAAAGACAGUUAUAGAUUCCAUGGACAGACGGC